UUUUAAUGGUCCCUCUUGCUAUUACUUGGUAGGUAUGACAACCAUAUUGAUUUUUUCAUACAGCUAUGUAUGGAAAAAUGUAAUAUAUUUUCUAAAGGAUUUUUACUACAAAAAAUGUGGCAAGAUAAUCAAGUUAAAUUUGAUGUUCCUUUUUCACAAAUGGAAUUAAGAUUAGGGGAAUACUUAAUCGACAAAUUAGAAUUAGUAGAAGAUACUAAAGGUAAUGCAGGUGAUCGUGGUUGUCUCUUGGUAACUAAUCUAAGAGUCAUGUGGCAUUCUAUAUCUUAUCCACGUAUUAAUUUAAGUAUUGGAUUUAAUACAUUAGUAACCAUUACAAUAAAAAUUAUAAAUACAAUAUAUAGAAGUAGCACUCAAGCUUUAUAUAUUUUAACUUCGUAUAAAAAUUGUCGAUACGAGUUUAUAUUCAGUAAUUUAGAUAUUCGAAAUUCUCGACACUAUACGUCUGUAAUAGGUGUUCAUAAAGCUUAUAUGUCAUCAAAAAUAUAUAGGGAAAUCAAAUUAAGAGUUGGUAUCAUAAAAGAUAAACAACUAAUCUUACUACCUCAAGAAAUAAUACAUGAAACCUUACCUGGAGUUUGGAAUUUAUCAACAGAGCAAGGAAAUAUUGGAAUUUUCAUUGUUACUAAUAUAAGAAUUGUUUGGUACGCUGAAAUGAAUCAGCAAUUCAAUGUGUCUAUUCCUUACUUAACAGUAGCUAAUAUAAAUAUAAGAUCUUCUAAAUUUGGACCUACUUUAAUAAUAACAAGUAAUGAAACAUCUGGUUCUUAUAUCUUAGGAUUUAAAGUUGACCCUAUAGCUAAACUUAAUUUUUUACACAAGGAAUUAACUUUUCUUCAAGUGGCAUACAUUAAGACACCAAUUUUCGGUAUAGAAUAUGCGUUUGAACAUCAGUCAAUUUGUCAACCCCACGCUAUAACAGAAAAAUUUACAGAAUUUGAACCAUCCGAAGAUGAAAUAUCAAAUAUUUUUAAUAUAUAUUUUUUGGAAGGUGGAACCAAUCAACGAAAACCAAUUUUAACUAAUAACUUAGGUCUAGCAACUGAAGAACCAAGAGAAGGAAAUACUUUGGAAAUGCUAUGGGAAUUACUUCCAUCUACUACACAGUAAGAAGAAUAAUACGAAAUAAAAAAUGUAUAUAAAAUUUUUGUUUUAUCAAUAAAAUUAAAGAUAAAAUA